CUAUUUUAAUCGAUUGCUUUCUAUCGAUAUUAUGUUGAGCAAAACAAUUUCAACAUGAUAAAGUUGCAAUCAAAAUAUAACAAGGAUAAGCAUGCUUUGUUGCUUAAUCAUAGACAAUUAAUUAACGAAGCAUACAAAGCGGCAGUGGCUGAUAAUGAGACUUAUCAAUUAAAGUUGCAGUUGUUCAAUUUUCAACAAAGGACAACGGAACAACAGCUGCAGCAGAAGCUAAAGAAAGGAAAACGUAAAUUGGAUGAGGCAGCCAAUGAUGACGAAGUGGACAACAUUAAAGAGUACCUGGAGCUGUUGCCCAAGGCAACUGAGAACAAUGCAAAGACAACAUUGCCACGCCACUGGGAAGAUGUGUACAAGCUGCCUCAGCUGCACGGCAGCAACAUAAGCGGGAAAUUUCAAAAGUUCCAAGUACCUGGAAGUAAUUUCAACAGCACCAGCCGCACUUUUAUUAUACCACAGUCUGUGCGGUUUUACAAUCACGAUGUGGAACAGAUGACUGCACUGCUACCGCAACUAUUGUCUAACUAUGAUCUAAUUAUACUUGAUCCGCCGUGGCGCAACAAGUAUAUCCGGCGGUUAAAGCGGAGCAAGCAGGAACUGGGAUAUGCCAUGCUCGACAAUGACAAGCUUGCACUGUUGCCGCUGCGCCAACUCACGCAUGAACACACAUUGGUGGCCAUUUGGUGCACAAACUCAACUGCACACCAGCAGGCACUGGAAACGCAGCUGCUGCCAAGUUGGAGAUUACGACUGCUCCAUAAACUACGCUGGUACAAACUGAAUACGGAACACCAACUAAUUGGCAACUUGAAUCCAGCUGAUGCCACUCAAAAGCAGCCCUACGAGAUGCUCUAUAUAGCGUGUCGUGCUGACAGCGAUGUGACAUAUGCUUUGGGUGUGAAACAGACGGAGAUGCUCCUCAGCGUUCCCAGCAUUAUACACUCGCAUAAGCCGCCUUUGCUGGAAUGGCUGCGUCAACACUUGCAACUCAGCGGAGAUCAAGCGGAGCCCAACUGCCUGGAGCUCUUUGCCCGAUAUUUACAGCCUAACUUCACAUCUAUAGGCCUGGAGGUCUUAAAACUGAUGGAUGAGCGCCUCUACGACUGUAUAUUAACGAAAAUAUAGCAAAGGAUAUUUACAUUCAAUUUUUGUAAUAAAAAUUGCGGUCCCUGAUGUAAAUACAUAAAUAAAGAGUUUAUAAGGUUUAUUAUCGUU